GAGUGAUUAACGAGUUUAGUUUUGUUUUCCGUAUUCCAUCGCGGUUGCGUUGUUUUGUUUUCGGUGAAAAUACUCGUAUUUUGUGGAUUAAUUUAACUUUUCUAGUGCAGUGAUUAGGUAUUUAGGCAUUGUGCAUUACUGCCGAUUAAUGGAAUUGCAUCCAAUGUGAAACAAAAGGCAGUAAACAUCAGAUUUUGAACAGUAACAUUUGCAUAUAUGCAGAAGAUUUUGCUUAAUAUUCCACCCACUUUGCGCCGAUAAUCGUGAGAGCUUCACAAGCGCUUGGAAUCCGUCUUAAAAUUACGCGCAUUUGCACACAUCCAGAUAAACGAUCCUCAUCACUCACAAAUUCUGCACACGCCAGUGCCGGUUCUCCGCGCAUAAGUGACUUUAAUUCACCAACGUGUACUGUCUCAUACAGUUGGGAAAGAGUAAUGGCAAUAAACGAUAGAUGGCGUAUAUUUUUCCGGUUAAUGUGUGAUUCCCGCCUGCGAAGAACGUUUGUUGAAACGAUUAUCGAUGCCGGUGGUAGAAGGAAGUGACCAAAGAUUCGGAAAAGAAGAUUUCUCAUUGUGCUAGUCAACAGUUUCAACGACCAAAGGCAAUUGAUAAAGGCAGUGAAAGUGAUUCAAUAAUAAACGGCAAUCAUAUGGAUCCAUAUCAGAGACAAUGUGUAAAGCAAUAAAAAAUAUAUUUCAUGCGACUACGUCAGUCCGUUAUAGAAUGAAGUGAAAACGGAGGAUAUUCAUUGGUGGUAAAUCGUGAAGAGAUUAAACUGAAGAGAUUUGCCGUCUACAUACACACCUUUGGGAUAGCGGAGAUAUUGUACAGCAGUAUGACCAAAGUGUGAGGCGACGAGAAGCGAACUACAACAGAGCGGAAACGGUGCAGUGAAACGAUCACGAUCGACUAUAAAUAUAAUGGCAUUAUUUAAUAAGUUGUUCUCGACCAACAAGAAGCGUAACACAAGCCAAUCAUCGCAAAAAUUAAGCCCGGGACAGUUUCCAUUUGCCGCCGACCAGGUUCGUGUUGUUCUUUUUCGCGAAUGCGAUAUCCGUGGACGCAAACUGCUAUUUGACUCGAGUGCGGUUGAGAAAAUUCCCGAGGGACCAUCGCCACCAUUCACGUCAUCCGCCGCAACAGCCACAGCAACUGCGUCAACAACCAACUACAAAACGGUACCCUCAAUCCAAAAAUGUGACCAUUGUAAGGCAUUGUACCAGCAUAGUUCCAGUCCAAAGAAUGACAUCAAAUCGUUGGCGGAGAUGAUAUUUGGUUCGGCGCCGAUAGCCUUCCAGGGAAGCAGUUUGAAGGUUCACUGGUUGAAGACCCCCGUUGCCAUGAUGUGCUCUCACGUAUUUCCUGCACCGGUGUCGAAAAAUGGCAGUGGAAGUAGCAGUAAGAAAAUUUCCGUUUCGUCAUAUUUGGGUUCCGAAUUAGUAGUCGGGAGCAAUAGCGGGUAUAUCCAUGAUCGAUAUCAAUCCGGGAGCGACCUUAGUUCAAUCGAUACUACAUCUCUUCGUUCGUUUACCGUCACAUCGUCCACUUCCACACAGCAUGAUAUGUCGUACAAUUCUCGCCACAGGCCACCUAUACCACCCGAGUUUGGCCAGUUGGAGCGGUUAGUUGAUCCUCGGUUAUCAACGAACAGCGGGAUGGAUUCCGGCUAUGGUGGAACAGAUCCCUGGGCAUGUUCGGCAGGCAGCUCCCGGCAUCCUUUGUCGUCUCAUAGAAGUAGUCUGGCAUCAAUAAGUAGUGAUUUCGAAUGUUUUCGGAGACUUAGUACCGAUACCAACAUCGACAUACCUCAACCGGUUAGUGUCAGUGAUUGUAGUCAGUAUGGAAGCUUUAAUCGUCGAGUGUCGAAAAAUUUGUCCACGUCGUUCGAAAAUCGGCUGUCAAUGGCCGACCAUGUUGGCCAUGUGGACGAUCUCAAUCAAACGGGACCCACGUGUGCCAGUAAUCAAGUGACAGCUAGUGAUGGAUGUGUCGGUAUUGGACGGCAUCGGAGAAACAGUGAAACAAUGGAACUGAAUAGGCGGAAAGCUUUCAGUGGUGAAGUGUUGUCAACUUCAACCAAUUAUCAGGGUAAACCACCGAGCAAGAAGGCACGGCUAGGCCUGGCUUUGUAUAUUCAGCUGGAUGAUGGUUCACAGCACGAGCUGGAGGCCUACUGCUCGGAACACAUGAGUAUUUUCGAAUCUAUUCUGUGCAGACUUAGAGCAGCAGCGGAGACUGCGUGCCACAGAUGGCCGAUGUUUUUGCAGAUAAUGCUGACUGCGUGGCACACAGCACAGCAAUGGCUGAUGGAUUUCUUUACGGCUCCUCGGUUGGCGAAUCCAGUGUGGCUUACUUUAAGUACCAGCGCGGGUUCGGGAACAACAAAUAACAGUUUACAACUCAAUCAGGCAGCUGCUCUUAAUAUUGCUAACAAAUUCAUGAAUGAUUUGUCCUCAUUACUGUCGCUGGCGGAUACUAAAGAUACCAAAUUAUUCAUCAGCACCCUUCUGACGGCGGUCUUAACUCACCACCUUGGCUGGGUAAGUACCAUUGCACCAAUGACCACCUUUGGUUCAUCAGAGUCACUCGCAGGACCAGUGGGCGAAAAGGAUAAAAUAUCCAAAAUUACGGCAAACCAUCCAUACAACGUUUUGUGGGCACAAUUGAGUGAUCUGUACGGAGCGGUAGGACAUCCGGUCAAGCUGACAAAAACCAUCAUCUGCGGCAGUCCCCAGCUAAGCAAUACCAUCGACAAAGUUCUAAACGUUUUGUCCUACUUUGUUCGGUGUAGUGAAAUUCGGCGAACAGCUCAAGCGGAAGUGUUCGAGGAAGAUAAAGUUAAAGAAGCUUUUGCUGCUCAACGUAUAGUCAAUAAUCAGACCUUUCAAUGUGGAACGGGGCAGAGCAGUGAUUAUAAAUCACCUAAACUUUCGAGAACCGCUUCCGGAAUGGUUCGAUCUGCAACGCGUGUAAAAGACUUGACUACAAUGGGAAAGGAUAUAGGCGAUGAUAUAGAUAUGGAGCUAUCAAGUUUGCUGAAGAAAACAGUGAUGAAUGACAUACCGAACGUAUUGGUUUAUCGAGACUCCAGAUUUGUACAGCAGGAGCUCAGGAUUGGCAACAAAAGCAUGGACACUGAACUGUUGAUGAAUGCCAGGGAAAAGCAGUUUCUAGAAAUAUAUCAUAUCAAAAAGGAGCAGAAUAUGUCACCAAUAAGGAUGACGUUAACCCAACCAGAUGAGACUGGCCAAGAGGCGAUAGAAUUAGAUGUAAGUGAUACAAGUGAUUGCGAUUCGAUACGAUUGUCCAAGUUAAUCACGGAGAACAACAUCGGAGAUGCGGUGAGAAAACAGAGAUUUCUAUGGGGACUAGAAGGGAUAAAAGAAGGCAUUUCACUGGAACAGUUAAAAUAUAUUGACGUCCUGCGUGGGAACUAUGAGGCGUUAAAGCAAAAUCGUCCCAAAGAAGAGGUUGUAUUCGUGCUGGGAGAGGAUGAACAACUUGUAAAUAUCAAACAACCACAAGCUUCAACAUCAACCGAUAGAGCAAAUGAGUUAGGCGCAGUUGGCGGAAAGAAGCCAUGUUCCCACAAUAGAAUUAAAAAACAUUCCGUCAUUUUCAAUUUUGGUCAGUACCCCAAAGUGGUAGAGAACUAUUUGAAAAGUCAAAACCUCGAACUCAGUGAGCACGAUUUUCUCGAAAAAGGCGUAAAACUGUCCCUCAAGUUUCAUCCGGAAGCUGAUUUUCCACCUUCCACGGAUCCCGCCGAGGAAGAAGAGUGCGACAUUUGCCGUAAUACCUCUCUGCUGUGUUUACAAACCCCAACAAAUGCAUCAGAACUCGAAUUCUCCAGUGACCUGAAUGAAGGAAGCUUGUCCAGCUCACUGAAUGAUUCAUCCUGUCACGAUCGAAACCCUAACCCCUUCUCUUUAGCAACUGUUCAAGAAAAUGUUGAACUCAAAUAUAAACAUCCGGACAGCAUUCUUAAGCUAGUGGAUAUACCAAUAUUGAAGCCAUCCGUCAACGCGAACGAUGAGAACAACAACGACAAGACUGAUAAAUUAAGGAAAUUGCCUAGCAAAGCUGGUUUUAUACCCUCGUUGUUCUCCCGUGUUACGGACCACUAUAUCCCGGACAUGAUUUUGCAGGGCACCACCGCUCCUCCACCCAAGUGGGAAAGGGUUCUUAAAAAGGAUCUUCGGCUGGCAUCCAGAUUUGCCCUCAUGGAGCAGUACUCCACGGAAAAUCUCGCCAUCGUCGCCAACCUCGAGACUCACGAUGUUCGAUUGAUUACUUCCAACCAAUCUUCAAUGGCGCCCGGCAGCAUCAACGGCGAACUGGUAGGCAUGUCGCAGAUUGUUUCUUCCAUGCUGGAAACGGUACACGCUAUGUGGAUCUCCGGACUAUCAUCCUUCCAGUGUAUGGCAUUCAUCGAGUCCAAACUGCGCGAGUUAUACCUGCAGUCGGAAUCGAUCGCCAGUUUUCUUCUCACCACUGAUUUCUGCUCAAUUGAAUCGAUAACCAAAACCCUGAAUAUCACUGCCAAUGACAUGCCCCUUCUGCUGUCGGUGGUCUCGACACACACCCCGGAGGUGACAAAACGAUAUGUUUUGCAAUAUCGGUAAUUCGACCGCAUAUGUGCAGUCGUUUUUCUAAUCCGCAAGAUGGAAUUCUUGCGUAUUCUUUUGUGAUACUAGUUUUAAGCUACUAGAAAAACAAGCAAUCAACGCUUAAGGAAGAUCUGUUAGUUAUAACAAAGUUAGAAGACAUAUCAUUGAACUGGUAGGGCGCGUAGGCAAGCAGCUCUCUUUGACAAUGGGAUAUGAUUCCAAGAUAGCUGCAGCUGUAGUUAUCUCUUUUGCCAGAUUAGAAAAUAGCUAAAUUUAAUGUAGGUAAAUGUAUUUAGGUAAAAUAGAGGUAUUCAACACUUGAAUAGUAUUUUUCUGAUAUUUAAUUGAGAAUAUAACGAGGGUUUGUCAAGUGUAUAGCAAAUGCAAUGAUAAUACAAAGUCUAUUGUUUAAAUCGUCACAAUGAA